GUACCUGAGACUACUGUAUGAAGAGCUGUGCAUAGGCUGGUUGCAAGUGUGGCAUAGAUAAGUCUGCGUCAAACCAGCCUUCCAAAGACUUCUUUUCCGGCGUUUCCCUCAAACUUGCACCCCGCAAGCAUAUAAUUUAAGCUUAGGUGGAAUGGCGCGGCCCCUGCGCGUGGGCCUCGCGAUUCUUUUGGCGCUGGCAUCAUCGACCGGCGUGAAUGCUGCCAAGUGCUACCAGUACCUUUCGCAGCAGGACUAUCCAACAUGCUUGCAGCUGGACUCCAAUCUCGUCCUGCAUUAUAGGACUGUGAUGGAUGAUGGCGUGGAGACCCUGGAGCUAGCGCCCGACGGCGACGGCUACAUGUCCUGGGUGUCCAUUGGGAUCUCGGACGUGGGCAUGAACGGUGUGGACAUGAACGUCAUCAUCCGCGCCACGGAGGGCUACAACUGGAUUGCGGCGGACUACUUCACCGCCAACUACUCCAUGCCCAUGCUGGACAUGGAGCAGAACGCCGUGCUGGUGGCCUCGCCCGACUUCGACAAGGACAACCACACGCUGGCCAUCUGGCGGCGGCCGCUGGACAGCUGCGACGCCGAGGACGUGCCGGUGUUCCGGGACGUGGAGCGGACCAUCAUCUGGGCUUACAACUACCGCAGCAUCUGGGACACGGACAAGUUCUACCUGUCGCACUACACGCGCGGCGUGAUGACCGGCGUGCGGCUCUCGCCCAGCGGCCUGCUCAGCUCCAACGUCACCACCGCAUCCGGCGGCGCCGUCAGCGUGAGCAGCCUACGGCCGCCGCCCGCCCCGCGCGGCCGCUGGAACGUGAGCAUGCCGCCCGCGCCCGCGCCGCCGCCGCCGGCGCCCGCGGAGGUGCGCAUGAACCUGACGGUGGCGAUGCCGGCGUUCGCGGUGCCGCAGCUGAACAGCAGCGUGGCGUGCGUGAACCUGGCGCUGCCCAAUGACACGGCCUACCACGUGGUGGCCUACCAGGGCUUCAACACCAGCUCCUACGUGCACCACAUCGUGGGCUACGUGUGCGCGGCCGGCGUGGUGCCGCCCACCCUCAACACGCCCUACAUGUGCGGCCCCGGCCAGACGGUGCUGCCGGUGGGCUGCGAGACCGUCAACUACGUGUGGACGCCGGGGGCGAACGGCUUCACGGCCCCGCCGCAGGCGGGCUUCGCCAUGGGCGCCGGCUCAGCCACCUUCCUGGUGCUUCAGGUGCACUACCUGAACGUGUUCGCCGUGGGCCAGGUGGACUCGUCCGGCCUCAAGCUCACCUACACCAGCACCCUGCGCAACAACAGCAUGGGCGUGCUCACACUCGGAAACACCGACCUGCGCAUCCCCGCCGCCGCCGACUUCUACACCGCGCUGCCCAACAUCUGCCCCGCCUCCUGCACCUCCAAGCGCGUGGUCGCGCCCGUCACGCUCGUGUCCAACUUCUACAUGAUGAACGGGCUGGGCGUGUCGGCGCUGACGCGUCACAUCCGCAACGGCUCCGCCAUCCAGCCCGUGGGCCGCAUCAACUACUGGGACUACGGCUACAACCUGUACCAGACGGUGUUCCCUAACAGCCGCACGCUGCUGGCCAACGACACGCUCAUCAGCCUGUGCUCCUACAACAGCACCAGCCGCACGCGCGCCAUGACCUUCUACGGCCUGCGCCCGACGGACGAGCUGUGCUUCAACUACCUGACCUUCUACCCGGUCAGCGCCAUGCCCGACCUGGACUACUGCGUGGCCGACACGCGCAAGAACAUCACUACCUGCGCCACCCGCACCCAGCUGGCGCGCAUGACUGCCGUGGGCGCCAACGACACCGUGCAACUGCAGAACGGCACCAAAAUGGCGGUGGGCACGCUCACCAUCGCCGCGUACAAGAGCAACGAGUGCCAGCUGCACGACGCAGUGGAUGUGACAGCCAAGCGCAAGCCAAACACCAAGGCAGCUGUGUCGUCCAUCAUUGUGGUGCCGCUGGUGCUGCUCUCCAUCGGCUUCUUCUUGUGGACCAAGUACAGCAAGCAAGAGGAAAUGGAGGCGCUGCUGGCCAAGGCGCGCGAGCAGGGCCUGGACGCGGCGCUGGCGGAAAUUCCGGAGUAAAGCGGCGGCAGCAGCCUCCGAUAUGCGGUAAAAGCCGCUUCGGUGUGCUGCUACCUAUCCAGGCAGUGGCAGUGAGCAGCAUCUUGAGAUAGUGGAUGUGUUGCGAUUUGCAAACGCGGCGUGGCGGAGGGCGGGGGCGAGGGUGCGUGGGUACGGGCGCCAUGGUGUGAUCUGGGGGGGGGGCACUGUGCUUACGAGUACGAGAGAACGCGUGUGUGUGAUGACAUUGGGAGUGACAUCGAGAGCAGAGGGGCGCGCGAAUGCCUGCACUGGCAAAGCCGCGCGAGGCUGUGAGCACUUGGAGCGAACCAAGCACUGAAUCCGGACACAAGGGUCGUGGCUUACGAGGGGCUCACAAUGUGGGAUGGCGAACAGCAGGACACGGGCGCGAUCAGUCAUGUGCGCGUGGGAGUUACAGCAGCAAUAGGCUGUGGCGGCCCUGCGUGUGUGAUCAGGUGCGCCGCUAUAUUGGCAGCCAGCGCAGCCGGCGUGCACAGCGGCGGCUGGGAUUCGUGUUGAGCACGUGGCCAUGUAAGCGGACCGACUA